UGGACGACGCGGGUGUUGGCGCGGUAAAGGGAAUAGGAUAACUUUUUACCGGAUCCCCUAACGUCUCACGUCUGGAUGGCAUCGCCCAUCCUUCAGUUUGUACUUUGUUUUCCAAUAUAACGUUAUUCGUCGUUAAUCGUGUGAUAGUGAUGUUAUCAGUAAACACGCCGCCGCCAAAAAAAAACUGUGAACUGUGUAAUUUUUUUGAAGUUGACUAGUGAGUGAAGAAAAAUCGUCUAAAAGUACGAAUUCUUUUUAAAGAAUAAUUCAAAAUGAAUGCAAGCAACUCAUCCGAACCGAUGCAGGAAGAUAGUUUCUUCUCUCACAUUCCGCUACCAAGCUUACAACAGUUAGCAUCCAUUCAAGUAGUUCUGCCAAUGCUGUAUGAGCACUAUUCACAAAAGAAGAAGGUUUUCUUUUACGGAUAUAACACUUUGGAUUGUGAUUUGCGAUUGCGUAAAGGCGUAGAAUCAUUGAAAACUCCUCGAACUAUUGAAAAAAUACUUACGAAAGCGACGGCUAAGGUUGCUAAAGUAUUGGGUGUAUGGAUAAAACAUUUUCAAUCCGGUGACUUUUCAUCUGUCAACUUGGAAUAUUGCAAUAUAUCUAUUAACCCGAAUUGUUGCGUUUGGCUUCCAAGCGGCGAGAUCGAUUAUAAACAGACUGCUAACAAGAUGUUAUCUUCUUGCGAACUGAAUGAAACGCAAAAAUUCGCCAUCAUGUGUGCAUAUUGCUUAGAAGACGAAAUCAAGGCGUUCGAUUUAAGUUCACUUCCUAAGUAUUCUAUCAAAAAAAUGAACCUGAAUCGUGACUCUUUAAUCGCUUAUUGGAUCUUUUCGUUGAAAAAUAAAUUGCACGUCCUCUUCGCUGGAAUUUCCGGUUCCAUUGAUGCCGCAAUGGCUAAUCGGUGCGAUGGUGAGCGCGCGUUCAAGUAUUUUUGGAAUCGUUUGAACAAUGAAGAACGAAUUUCAGUUGCUAAACAUAAAAUCAGUCGUUUCGGCACUCGUGAUGGUCAUAUAUAUUUUGGCCAAAAUCAAUUAUUCUCCAUGAUGACGUCGGCUGAGCAACUUCAUCUGUUAUCGACGGUACCCGAUGAGAUUAUAAUAAAUUUUUGGCUCUUAGUGAAAUCACCUUCGCUUGUAUGUUGGGCAUGGAAAUAUUCGAAAAAUGCGAUGACUGCCAAACAAUUUGCCAGAGUAGUGGAAAAAAUAUUCCAAGCUAGAAUCGGGUUCGAUAAAGAUAUGCAGAUGCUCAUAGACUUAUGGGAUACGGCUGCCAUCCAGUUGAAGACGUAUGCAGCUAAGCACCUAGUGAAUGUGAUUUUUUCACCAUCUCAGUUUGGCGAUUUAAUGCCAAUAGCCGAUUAUUCGGAUUUUGAGGAAGAUGGUCUCACUGUACACGAAGCAGCGUCAAAGUAUGCGAAGAAAGAAUACGCUCUGAAGUUUUUGUAUAAGUUUUUAUCGCUGGUAAACGCGGAUACUCGAAGACAGUUGAUGCUGAACAAUGCAAUCGCAUUCGGGAUGAACAUUUACGAUCCUCGUUUGAUGACUGAUGUAAUCUACUUAUGUUUACCAAGCUUGAAAGAUCGAUUGCUUUAUAAAAAAAAUAUUACGGAUUCACCCACAAUGAGCGAACAUUGUGCAAAAAACCUUCAUCGCAUAAAUGGUAUAGAAAAGUUCAAGUCCCAAUUAGAAGUUUAUUCGAUCGACGUAAAAGCUGCUCAAGAAUUCACGAAGCGAGUACUGCAGUCGAAAUCUCUAAAAAGAAGUAACUUUUUUUUCGAUGCCGAUAAUUGGAGUGAAAUGAGUAAAUUGAUCGAUGAGACCUUCCACGAUGAUCCGACGUCGGCCUCGAAUCUGAAGAAACAACUGCUUUCCUCCCUUUUCACUAGUUGCAAGCAUUAUACUGAUUGGAACGAAGAGGAGAAGAUCGAUGCGAUGAUGAAAAUUGUCCAACAGGUUCUUACUCCUGAAGAGCUCGCAGUGGAAAAGCGACGUUUUUCUCAAGCUUGCAAAUCGAAAUUACAAAAACGCGAAUUUUGUUGGCAUUAUUUCGAGAUAAAUUGUUUCAGUAAAUUAAUGACGUGGUGUUUGGGUGACGGAGAAGCCUUACUGAAAUUUAAGAAAAGUUUUUCUAUCGAUAAAAUAUUCCACGAUGUAAUCGACGAAGUGAACCAGAAUUAUUGCAAUGACUCCGAGUUUAAUGACGAUUUGCUGCAUCGACUUGGUGAUUUUUUGAAUUGGAUUUUCCCCAGUGCCGAAGAAACGACUAAAUAUAAAUUGAAUAGAUUGGAGAGGUUGGAUUUGAAUGAAUUCGCUAUGUUUUCACAUCUUUUAGAUUAUGACGAAUACGAGUAUUUGCCAGAGUUAUUAGGUUGGUUUUACGAUGUGAAACCGGUCCCAUCUGAGGUGUAUGAAGAAUUCAAGGCGAGAAUCAAAGAAAGCUUUUAAGAGGAGUAGACAUUUUUUCUUCUAUUUGCUUCGCGUACUUAUUAUCUCGAUGACUUAAACAUAUCUAUGUAAGUGUAACCUGUGAAACGAAGUAUUUUCUAUUACCUAUAUUAUGUUUUUAUCAUUUAUCUGUUUUAUAUUUUAUAUCGUAUAGAUAAUAACUUACGAAGUGUCAAUUAAGUAGGUACCUAUACCGCAUGUAUCGUAUUCAAUUUUGUAUGUUUAUAUCCGUAAUAAAAGUUUCAAUUCAUUAUA